GCCUUAAGUGUCUGUUCAAAAAAAUAUCAGGAAUCCUGUUGGGAACUGCUGGUUGGCGAGUUCAUGCUGACUAGGACACAGUCCCAUCUGAAUGCACAAGAGAUUGAGGCUUUCAUAACCGCUGUAUGUGCAAGUGAAUGGAGCAGUGGUGAACCAGCUCCAUCUUUGUGGCUGGUGCAUGAUGUGUCUGCUGAUAUUGGCAAGGAGUGUCCAUUGUGGGGAAUGGACUCCAGGGCUGGGGCACCUGCCCACUCGAAUUAAGCCAAGAACCCCUCACUUAUUUCACGUAGGCCUCCAAGCAGUUGUCUGACGGUAAACGUGGUCAGGCCUUCCAGCAAGCUGGCUGGCAUUGAUGCAGUAACCUAGAAGUGGAAGACUCCCUAUCCCUGGAGGCAACCAGGCCACGCAGUUCAACAUGGAGCAUUUCUCUGGGAUGCAUAACUGGUAUGCCUGCUCCCACGCCCGACCCACCUUCUGUAACGUGUGCCGCGAGGCCCUGUCAGGGGUCACUUCCCAUGGCCUUUCCUGCGAAGUUUGCAAGUUCAAAGCCCACAAGCGCUGUGCUGUGAGAGCCACCAACAACUGCAAGUGGACCACGCUGGCCUCCAUAGGAAAUGACAUCCUCGAGGAUGAAGAUGGGGUAGCCAUGCCCCAUCAGUGGCUGGAGGGAAACCUGCCCGUUAGCGCUCGGUGUGCUGUGUGUGACAGGACCUGUGGCAGUGUCCGGCGGUUGCAGGACUGGAGGUGCCUCUGGUGCAAGGCUAUUGUUCACAGCGCCUGCAAAGAGCUCUUUGGGAAGAAGUGUCCCCUAGGACAGUACAAGGUCUCCAUAAUCCCGCCAACUGCCCUGAACAGCAUCGACUCUGAUGGCUUCUGGAAGGCCACCUGCCCCUCGUCCUGCUCCAGCCCUCUGCUGGCCUUCGUCAACUCCAAGAGUGGUGACAACCAGGGUGUGAAGUUCCUGCGCAAGUUCAAGCAGUUCCUCAACCCGGCGCAAGUCUUCGACCUGAUGAACGGGGGCCCUCACCUAGGCCUGCGGCUCUUCCAGAAGUUCUCCACCUUCCGGAUCCUGGUCUGCGGGGGAGAUGGCAGCGUGGGCUGGGUCCUCUCCGAAAUCGAUGCGCUAGGAUUGCACAAGCAAUGCCAGCUUGGAGUCCUGCCGCUGGGGACAGGCAAUGACCUGGCGCGGGUGCUGGGCUGGGGCAGUCUUUGUGAUGACAAUACCCAGCUGCUGCAGGUCCUGGAGAAGCUGGAGCGGGCCAGCACCAAGAUGCUGGACAGGUGGAGCGUCCUGACCUACGAGGCGCCCAAGCAGUCGCCCCCUGCCAUCAAAGAGGAGGAGAAUGGGGAGUCCUGCAUCCAGGCCCAGAUCUCUCACUACGCCGACUCUGUGGCCUUCCACCUGGCCAAGAUCCUGGAAUCUGACAAGCACUCGGUUGUGAUUUCUUCUGCAAAGUUCCUAUGCGGAACGGUGAACAGCUUUGUGGCCGAGGUUGGCAAGGCCUAUGAGAGGGCCAUCGAGAACAAGCAGGAGGCUGACACCAUGGCUAGGAAGUGUGCAAUGCUGAAUGAGAAGCUGGACUCCCUGGUGCGGGAGCUGAACGAUGAAUCACAGGCGAUUGUUGUCCCCGAGGGGAGCGCACAGACUCCCCCACCUGGCUCUGAGGCCAAGGAGAGCAGUAGGAGGGGCAGCUUCAACCCAAACCCUGUGCCUAGGAUCUUCAAAUCCAAGGAGCAGCUAAUGCUGAGAGCCAACAGCCUCAAGAAGGCCCUGCGGCAGAUCAUUGAGCAGGCAGAGAAAGCUGUGGAUGAGCAGAACAAGCAAACUCAAGCCUAUCGGAGCAUCACGGCUUCGAGCAAGAAGGACAGCUUGGAAGAGUUCAGCAAACAGACCGAAAUCCUUGCUUCCCGUCGGGAUACGGUGACCUCCACAACGUCGUCUAUCUUCCUGGAUAGACCUGACAGCAUCAGCACUGCCCAUUUCACUGAGGAUCCCAACAUCAUACAAUUCUCCGAAAGAUGCGUCAUGAAUAACUACUUCGGCAUAGGCCUGGAUGCCAAAAUCUCUCUGGAGUUCAACAACAAACGGGACGAGCACCCCAAAAAGUGCAGCAGUCGCACCAAGAACAUGAUGUGGUACGGAGUGCUGGGGACCAAGGAGCUUCUGCAAAGGACCUACAAGAACCUGGAGCAACGAGUCCAGCUGGAGUGUGACGGGGUGACCAUCUCCUUACCUAGUUUGCAGGGGAUUGCCGUGCUCAACAUCCCCAGCUAUGCUGGUGGCAUCAACUUCUGGGGCGGCACAAAGGAGGAUAACAACUUCGGGGCGCCCUCCUUCGACGAUAAGAAGCUGGAGGUGGUUGCUGUCUUUGGCAGUAUCCAGAUGGCCAUGUCACGAGUCAUCAACCUGCAGCAUCAUCGCAUCGCCCAGUGUCGGAUGGUGAAGAUCACGAUCCGGGGAGACGAGGGCGUCCCAGUGCAGGUGGAUGGAGAAGCCUGGAUCCAGCCUCCAGGGAUCAUCAAAAUCCAACACAAGAACCGAGCCCAGAUGCUAACGAGAGACAGGGCCUUUGAAAGCACCCUGAAGUCGUGGGAGGACAAGCAAAAGGGCGAGGGCUACCGAGCCCCAGUGCGGCCUCGCCUCAACUCCCAGCAGUCCAUGGAGUACCUGACCGACGAGGAGUAUGGCCAGAUGCAGCAGAUGGCUCAAGCUGCGGAAACCCUCAUCACCAGGAUCCGCGAGGCAGCCACAACCCACAAAGCCAUGGAACAGGAGCUGGCCCAUGCUGUGAACGCCUGUUCCUUGGCCCUGAACGAGGCCCUUCCCAACAAGAGCAUCAGCGGGCCCGAGUUUCUGAGCAGAAAUGCGGCCGUGGAUGUGUCAGUUAGCGUGAAAGCCCUUUACACUGAAACCAGAGCUUUUCUGGAAGGAAAAUUGCAGCUGGACUCCCCACAGCAAGAGGAGGGGCUGCAGAGAGCCCUGAACACCGUCAGCCAGGAGCUCCAGAGGCUGCCCGACAUACACUGGCUGGCACCCAUCAUCAACUCUCCUGAGGAGGAGAGCUCCGAGAGCAGCAGCAAGGGCAGCCUGAAGCUACGGAUCAACAUUCCCAAGCCCAAGAAGGACAAGGAUAAGUUUCAGAAGCCGAAAUCCAACAGCAUGGUCGCAGUGGAGAAAUGGGGCGCUGAGGAGGUGGCGGCCUGGCUGGACGCGCUUGGCUUAGCGGAAUACAAAGACAUUUUUUUCCGCCAUGACAUCCAGGGCUCAGAGCUGAUCCUGCUGGAGAGAAGAGACUUGAAGGAUCUGGGGAUAACAAAGGUGGGCCAUAUGAAGAGGAUUCUCCAGGGAAUUAAAGACAUCAGCAGCCAUCCCUAGCAAAGCAUAUAAAGGAAAAAGAAUGUGGCUAGUGUCGGUGAUGGGGAAUCUCAACUCUGGAUGGGCCCUCUAGAACCUGAAAUCUAGAACAGGCACUCUAGAAGCUAGCAACUUCACAGUCAUUCUAGAACUCUAAACACCUAGGCAUCUGUUCUUGAGCGUAUUUGAUCGUGAUGCAGAUGUGUCCCAUCAGCAAACGGCCCAGAAUGGGAUGCUGUGGAAUCCUUACACUAGAAUAUUUCUCAUCACCGCUCUCAAGCGUGCCCCUGAAGAGUUUACAGUUUCAUGUUAGCCAAAGAUUGUUGGUCUGCGCGUCUUUGCCCUUGAUUACCCUUGUGGUUUUGGUUUCUGUGCUUGAUGGUUUCAGUUCAGCAGUUCAUUUCCAUACGUACCUGUGAGCUAGAAGGAAGGACCAAGCUGUAUGUGUGCUGCUGGGGUUGCCAGCUUUCCAUAGCAGCUGUCACAUUUAGUUGGCUACUUCCAGGCUUCAGUGUGAAGGAGACGAAGUUACAUGAGAUCAGGCAGCCAGCAGCAACUGGUGAGGUGGGAGCAAACUCUAUGAAAUGGCCAGAUCUGUGAGACUACAGUGCCAGCUGUGACCCAUCCAAGGCAGAAAACUUGACACAGUCAAAGGUUACACGUCCUCAUGUCCCACCUUCAGGGAGGGACAGUGCCUCUUUGACAGGGCUGUGGGGGAACGGGCACUAGGGCAUACCUCACCAGCACCAUUGCUUUUCUAGUCUUCAUUUCAAAGCUGUGAUACGUUUGGGCUCGUGGCAGUGUAGCCUAUCCUGGAAGAGUAUAGUGCAUGCUGGGCCACCGUUUCCGCCCGAGUCUCAUCCAAAGGCCGCUCAGAGCAGCGAGUGUGUAUAUUGCUUUAGUUUGCCAGUUACCUGCCUAUGGAAUGUAGCUGGUUCCUCCGGCAGCCCAGGAACGUAUUGAGUUGUCUGCUGAGCUGACUGGACACGAUGUUCUGAACCACUGGCCCUCAUUGCUUUUGGCUUGGUUAUUUUGAGCCAGAGGUGAUGGAGCUCCCUUUAUCCUCAUGGCACUACAUGGGUAGCAUGUUGGUUCCCUCCUCUGAGCACCAAAUCUCUUGGGUUCCAGAACCAGAAACCCAUUGUAGGCCGUGCUGAGUGUCCCUGACUCCUAUUGAUCCCAGAGGCACAUGAGCCUUGUGAGUCCCACCUGGCCUCCCACCGUUCGUCCCACCCAAAGGCAACUCACAUCCCCUGCCACCAUUCAGUGCCAUUCAAAAGGCUUCUGCGAAGUAAAAAUAGGGAACUUGAUGCUCCUGCUAGACUCAGAGGAAGCGGGGCUCCUUCUGGGCAUUGGGGGGGACCAGCUCAUGCAGGCUCGAGAACCUUCUGACAUUUCAACAUGGCAGCUUUGGAAGUUGAUAUAGUGAACUACACCACACAAAAAAACAACCCAAUCUCCCACCCCCGCUCUACUACUGUUGUUCAGCCAUAAAAUGUAUUUAAAUUCUGUAAAUAGUUUCCAAGAAAAGAUAUUUAUUGCAGUGAGAUGUAAACCUGUAAUUUAUUCUGUCCUGAAUUGAACUGGACUGGAUUGGUGCAGCAGGUACUCCAGCCUCUGACAAUGACCGGCCACCAAUGCUCCUCCAGUAGCCGGAGGUCUCUGACCUCUUGCUCAUAUUUUGAUGUUAAAUUGGAAAAACUGCCCUGCUCAAUGUAAUAAAGAGCUACCUCCCAGCUUCACUGUCCCAGAACAGUGAUACAAAGGGAACAGCCAGUCAUGAAGGUGGGAGGAAAUAAUUUGAUUUUCAGAAAAUCUUGAAAUAUUGAAAAACUGGUAAAAAAAAUUUCCCACCCA